AUGAAAAGGACGGCGGAGAGAAACAGAGAUAAUGACACAAACGAAAGUCACCCGAAAGCUAAGACGAGGAAAUACGACGAAGCGUAUGUAGCACUUGGCUUCACUGUGACUACGGUGGGAAACGAGGAAAGACCGGUGUGUUUACUGUGUCUUAAAAUCUUGGCAGCGGACAGCUUGAAGCCAAACAAAUUAAGGCGUCACUUAAACACAUUACACCCCAAUCAGGCUGAUAAGCCGCUUGAGUUUUUUCAGCGAAAACGUGCUGAAUAUUGCCAACAGUCAUCCAACUUUGUGAAGGCAACUUCUGUAAACCAGCGAGCACUGUUAGCAUCAUAUAAGGUAGCGUACCAAAUUGCUCGGUGCAAAAAGCCCCACACUAUAGGAGAGGAGCUGAUACUGCCUGCAGCAUUAGACAUGGUGUCUGUCAUGCUGGAUGACGCAAGUGCUGCAAAAUUAAAAACUAUCCCUCUGUCCAAUGACACUGUCGCCAGACGCAUAAAUGACAUUGCUAACGAUCUUCAAGAUCAGCUGGUAGAAAACCUGAAAGACAAACGUUUUGCCUUACAAUUUGAUGAAGCAACUGACAGCAACAAAGACUGUUUGUUUAUUGCAUAUGUGCGUUUUGAUAUGACAAACUCUCUGUGUGAGGAUCUACUUUUCUGUAAAUAUGUCAGAGACAGAGCCACGGCUGAAGAGCUAUUCAAAAUGCUGGACUGCUUUCUGACUGAGAAUGGGCUGAAGUGGGAGAACUGCAUUGGUGUUUGCAGUGAUGGCGCACAGACCAUGGCAGGGGUGAGAAAAGGACUUCGGACACUCAUCAAGAAGGCCUCACCUAAUGCUGAGUGGACACACUGUGUUUUACACAGAGAAGCACUGGCGUCAAGGCACCUUUCCUCUGAAUUAAGUGAGGUUAUGACUGACAUUUUAGGUGUAGUCAAUUUUAUAAAGACCAGACCACUAAAAACAAGAGUCUUCUCUGCUAUCUGUGAGGAGAUGGGAGCUGAACAUGAAGCUGUGCUCUUUCACAGUGAAGCAAGAUGGCUGUCGCGAGGCAAAGUCUUCUCCCGAGUUUUUGAGCUCAGAGAGCAGAUAAAAAUGUUUUUGGAGCAGGAGCAGAAGUAUGAAACCGCAGCAAAAUUUAGUGAUGAGAACUUCCUGGUGAGACUGGCCUACCUGAGUGACAUAUUUGGAAAGCUAAAUGAACUAAAUCUGCAGCUUCAAGGGAAAGAUAAACACCUCCCUCAGGUCACAGACAAGAUCAGCUCUUUCACUCGAAAGCUAGCAAUGUGGGGCAGACGACUCGAAGAAGGAAAUACUGAUUCAUUCGAGAACCUGCAGGAGUUUGUUAACACCACUGACUGUGAUGCCACCUCAGUGAUUCCAUGUAUCCAGCAGCAUAUCUCAUCACUGAUGGGAUUCUUUAAAAAGUACUUCCCUGAAAACAGUUCCCAGUAUGACUGGGUGAGAGAACCUUUCAAUGCAUCAGCUCCAACUGGUUUCAGCUCUGCAGAGGAGGACCAGUUCAUUGACAUGACAUCUGACUCCACACUGAGACUGAGCUUCCCAGCACAGACACUCAGUGAGUUCUGGCUGAGUGUAGAGAGGCAGUAUCCACUCCUAGGACAGAGGGCCAUGGGUAUUCUUCUGCCUUUUGCAACCUCUUAUCUUUGUGAGACUGGCUUCUCUGCUGUUGCUGCACUGAAGACCAAGUACAGGUCCCAGCUAGACAUUGAGCAGGAGCUGAGAGUUGCAGUAUCAUGCUUCAAACCCCGCUUCGAAAAGCUGUGCACUGCAAAACGUGCUCAUUGUAGCCAUUAA